AUGAUUCUUGAGGCCGAUGUGAACAUACAAGGCCACAACACACUCAAUGAAACCAAUAUUCCAAUAAUGGCCCAUCCACCAGAUAUUUACAGUGACAACACUUUGGAAGAAUGGCUUGACGCUGUGCUCAAAUCUAAGAAAGGAAUCAAACUAGAUUUUAAAAGUCUUCAAGCUCUGGAACCCUCACUUGAUCUUCUGAGGAAAAAGAAUGAAACAGGAAUCAACCGUCCUGUAUGGUUAAAUGCAGAUAUUCUUCAUGGCCCAAAUGUUCCUAAUUUCUGGCCUGUGAUCAAUGCCACCCGGUUCUUUGGUCUCAUUCAGACUAAGUUUCCAGAUGUCACCAUCUCACCUGGGUGGACAGUUCUUUAUCUGCCCUUCUAUCCCAAUGCAACUUACACACAGGCUAUGGUAGAGAAGAUGUAUGAUCAUGUCAGACACCUUCCUCAGAAAAUCACCUUUCCUGUUCUGGCAGUGAUGGUCAAGAAUGGAUGGCCACAUCUCAGCUGGCUACUCAAACAGUCUUCCAGGUUUAGUUUAACCUUGUGGCAGGGGUCAGAAAACCCCACUGUUAAUGACCUGCUCUUCAUCAGAGAUAACAGCAACCCUCAGCGCAUCUAUUAUGACAUUUAUGAGCCUGUGUUGUCCCAGUUCAAAGAGGCUGCAAUAAUAUCUGGAAUAGAUAAGCCAAAGUUUCCAGUGGUUGAGGACUCUGACCCAGAGCUGCCUCUCCAGGAUUGUCUGGAGUUGAUUCUGGCCUCAAAGAACCCAUGGGGUAUCUACCUUAGGGUGAAGUCUCAAACCCAACUUGCUGUUUCACUCCAGUUACUUCAGCAGGCCUAUGACAUGGGCCUCCUAUACCACCCUACAUGGCUCAACAUGGACAUUGCCCAUGGAAUCUUUAAUUUCCAAGGCUACAUGACAGGACAAGAGUUCCUGAGAACCAUUAACCAGAUCUUCCCACAUGUCACUGUGGCUCCCAGCUGGCCCCAAGAGGCUCUUGAUCAGGGUUAUACACUCCAGCUGGUAAAGGACAUGAUAAAGCUCUUCCAGGGGACCUGGCAAGAUGUUUCACUGCAGUUGCAGGCUGUUUAUCUGGAGAGGUCAGAGACCAGAUUUAAGAGCCUUCUCCAAAAUCAGCCACGAUUCUCUCUCACGGUGGAACACAGGACAGGGAAGGAAGGACUUAGUGGUGGGAAUCACAGCGUUACAUCUCUCCACAAAGGGUAUAGAGAGCUGACCUUUUACAACAUGGCAAACUCAUAUAAGAAUAAUUUUGGAAGCACAGACUAUGCCUUCAACUGA